AUGUCGGGCGCCGCGGAUCGUGAGCCCGUCUUCCCGACCCGGCAAUCGCUGGGUAUCAUGAAGGCGAAGCUCAAGGGAGCCGAGACUGGUCAUAGCUUGCUCAAGAGAAAGAGUGAAGCCCUGACAAAGUAUGUUUCCCUGUCUACGCUGCGAAUCGAUGAAGCGAAGCGCAAGAUGGGACGUGUUAUGCAGAUUGCCGCUUUCUCCCUCGCCGAAGUAACGUACGCCGUUGGAGGAGACAUUGGCUACCAGGUGCAGGAGUCAGCCAAGUCUGCCCGUUUCAGGAUCCGAACGAAGCAAGACAACGUUUCGGGUGUCCUACUUCCGGCAUACGAGAGCUACCUGACGGAAGGCAACAACGAUUUCGGGCUGACUGGUCUCGGCAAGGGAGGUCAGCAAGUCCAGCGAGCAAGAGAGACUUAUGCUCGUGCAGUGGAAGCGCUCGUCGAGUUGGCGAGCCUGCAAACUGCCUUCGUUAUCCUCGAUGAGGUGAUCAAGGUCGUCAACAGGCGAGUCAAUGCGAUUGAGCACGUCAUUAUUCCUCGCACAGAGAAUACCAUCAAGUAUAUCAACUCAGAGCUUGACGAGCUUGACCGUGAGGAGUUCUACAGGUUGAAGAAGGUCGCGAACAAGAAGCAGCGGGAUGUUGCUGCACAAGAUGCAGAGAUGAAGGCAAGAAGAGAGAAACAGGCCGCAGAGAAAGGUGCCGCAGCAGCAGCAGCAGAUGACAAGGCUGUAGGCUCUGCCGAUUUGCUGGCUGCGGAAGACGAUGACGAUGUUAUUUUUUAA